AUGUCACAACAAUACCCGCGCGCUCCCUACCCUCACGCCUCGCCCCGCCCUUCUCCCGCCAACCGCAACCCUAGACGCUGGAACGCCCGCGCCCCAACAAUAGACCUCACCGCUUCGCCGCCGAGCCACUCCGACGAGCAGCCAGCCGCGAAGCGCCGGCGUGUCAUCGAGAGCGUGGACUUGACAGAGCUGGAGGCGGAUGAGGACGUGCUUCGUCGUCAGCAGAGGGAGGACCUGCUGAAGACUCAAGAGGCAGCGAGGGAGAGCGAGAAGAGGAAGGUGGCGGGAUUCACGUGUGUCAUCUGUAUGGAGGACGAGCCCACAGAUUUGGCGGUGACGCCUUGUGGCCAUAUGUUCUGCCACAAAUGCCUCCACGGCGCCAUCAAGGCCUCGGCUAUGCCGCCGGUUAAGUCAGCUGGGAGGUGCCCAGUAUGCAGAGGCAAAGUCAGCCUCAAGGACGUGAUACCGAUGGAAUUCAAGUUUCUGUCGAAAAGAGAAGGAAAGCAAAAAGCUGCUGUAUAG